UCUCUGUCCGUCCCACGUCCAGACGGUCAGUGGAUGUCCGCCGCGAGAUGGCGCCAGCAGCCGCCGUGGUCGCGUGGAUGCUCCUCCACCUGCUGUCCACGGGGGUCGAAGCCCGCACCGGCGUCUGCACCCGCAAAGAGUCGCGACAAGUGCCCUACACGUACACCGGGUACUCAGGACGCACCUACGUGUACUACGAGAAGUGCUGGUGGGUGUUCGGGUCGUGCACAAAGUACGGCUACCGCACGUACUCCUACACGCGCUACGCGAACUACUUGGUGUACUCGGAGAAGAGCUUCUGCUGUUCCGGCUACGAGGGGAACCCCGACCUGUGGGGCUGCGACCCCGUCUGUCCAGGAGGCUGUGGGCCCAGGGAGGAGUGCAGCCAACCAUACAGUUGCACGUGCAAGGCUGGCUACGCGCGAACCAACGGGACGUGCCUGUCAGCCUGCGAAGCCCGCGGCUGCGAACACGGCUCGUGUACCGACCUGAACACCUGCACGUGCGACGCGGGAUACGAGAAGCCAGGUGAGGCAGAAGCUGAGAACAAACCUGUUGUGUGUCGGCCUGUCUGCAGCUCGGGAUGUGUGAACGCAGACUGCGUUGCGCCGGACACCUGUAGCUGCCUGCCCGGAUACAGUGACCAUGGGCCACUACCAUCGCACAGGGGGUCACCACUAGAGGCCAGUUACCAGCUCUCACCGAAGGCGCCGUACAAGAACACUUGCUGGCCAACGUGUCACCACGGUUGCCAGAAUGGCUACUGUGUCCUGCCGGAGACCUGCACCUGUCUGGACGGUUACGAAAUGGUCCCGGGAGACGGUACCCGUUCCAGGUGCCUCCCAGUCUGCUCGACGCCGUGCACCAACGCCAACUGUACAGCCCCAGACACCUGCACCUGUUUCGUUGGCUACGAGAGGGACCCCGAAGACCUGUCUGGGGCUACCUGCGUCCCUGUCUGCCCGGACCCCUGUGUGAAUGCCGAGUGCACUGCCCCCGCGACGUGUACUUGUUUGGACGGCUACCAGAAGGAUCCCGAGGGCGCGACCAACUACAUCUGCACUCCCAUUUGCUCCAAUCCGUGCACUAACGCCAACUGUACAGCCCCAGACACCUGCACCUGUUUCGUUGGCUACGAGAGGGACCCCAAAGACCUGUCUGGGGCUACCUGCGUCCCUGUCUGCCCGGACCCCUGUGUGAAUGCCGAGUGCACUGCCCCCGCGACGUGUACUUGUUUGGACGGCUACCAGAAGGAUCCCGAGGGCGCGACCAACUACAUCUGCACUCCCAUUUGCUCCAAUCCGUGCACUAACGCCAACUGUACAGCCCCAGACACCUGCACCUGUUUCGUUGGCUACGAGAGGGACCCCAAAGACCUGUCUGGGGCUACCUGCGUCCCUGUCUGCCCAGACCCCUGUGUGAAUGCCGAGUGCACGGCCCCGGCGACGUGCACUUGUUUGGACGGCUACGAGAAGGAUCCCGAGGGCGCGACCAACUACAUCUGCACUCCCAUUUGCUCCAAUCCGUGCACUAACGCCAACUGUACAGCCCCAGACACCUGCACCUGUUUCGUUGGCUACGAGAGGGACCCCAAAGACCUGUCUGGGGCUACCUGCGUCCCUGUCUGCCCGGACCCCUGUGUGAAUGCCGAGUGCACUGCCCCCGCGACGUGUACUUGUUUGGACGGCUACCAGAAGGAUCCCAACUACAUCUGCACUCCCAUUUGCUCCAAUCCGUGCACUAACGCCAACUGUACAGCCCCAGACACCUGCACCUGUUUCGUUGGCUACGAGAGGGACCCCAAAGACCUGUCUGGGGCUACCUGCGUCCCUGUCUGCCCGGACCCCUGCGUGAAUGCCGAGUGCACGGCUCCGGCGACUUGCACUUGUUUGGACGGCUACCAGAAAGAUCCCGAGGACGCGACCAACUCCACCUGCACUCCCAUUUGCUCCACUCCGUGCACUAACGCCAACUGUACAGACCCUGACAUCUGCACUUGUUUCGACGGCUACGAGGUGGACAUCGAGGACCUGUCCGGUUCCACCUGCCUCCCCAUUUGCUCCAAUCCGUGCACCAACGCCAACUGUACAGAGCCCGAGAUUUGUACCUGCUUCGAGGGCUACGAGCUGGAUCUGGAAGAUGCGACCGCGUCCACGUGCCUGCCCGUUUGCUCGUUUCCCUGCGUGAACGCAAACUGCACGGAACCGGAAACGUGCACCUGCUGGGACGGCUAUGAAGCCGAUCCGGACGACUCUUUCAACUCUACAUGCGUACCCUUGUGCCCCGACGGCUGCACCAACGCCAACUGCUCUGCGCCGUGGACGUGCACGUGUCUGGAAGGGUACGAGAUGGACCCUGGUGACGAGACAAAUUCCACGUGUCUUCCUGUCUGCUCCAACGGCUGCGUCAACGGCAACUGCACCAAGCCGGGGGUUUGCACGUGCUUCGAUGGCUUCAGAAUGCUUCCAGGCGAUGAGACCAAGUCCGUUUGCUACAACAUCGCACACAUGUCAUGGAUGAUAGGAGGAGGGGCGGGUGCAGCGGCGCUGCUGGUCCUGAUGUCGACUACGUCCAUCGUAGUGUGCUGUUUCCUGCGGAGAAGACGCAGCUACGUCGCCAAAGGCGACGGUGUUUUUGUGAACCCGUCCUUCGGUAUUUUCGACCCGGCAUCGGAGAUGGACGAUCAACUGGACGAGAUGAGGAAGGAAGAAAUCGAGGAACAGACUAGACACCGGAUUCUGAGCCAGUCACCCGACGGGCGACUUGAGUUUUUGCAGAAUUCCGAGCUUUUGUGAUUAAAUGUCAAUAGCAUGAAAUAUAAAUGUUGGCAGUGGAUCUUGUUUACUAACGAUAACUGGUUUCGGUAAACAGAACUACCAUCAUAUGAUCUGUAAAUAGUGUACAUAAAGUGUAAAGCGAAUUACGUUAUAAGAAUAGCGUCAAAUGCCAUAAAUAUCAUGCACACGCCUCGAUAAAAGGUGAUGAUACUAGUAUUUACAAUGUGUUUCGCCAAGCGCAUCCGUCCCAUAUUACGAGUCACGGAGCACAUCACGGUUACAAGAGCACCGCUGAACUGACACUCGACUAGAGGUCGGUAUGGUAUUUGUAUUACUGUCAAUUGCAAGUGUACUUAUGUAAUUGUAAUAAAAAUGUU